AUCACUUACUACUCUACCACCAGCACUCCUAAUCCCUUCCUUCUUUCCGGUAUUUCGUCCCACGAUCUGCGCCUUGUUGCCCACUGAACUCGCCCCUAGUGCUUGGCCGUGAGGCCUCCUAGCCGAAAUGGUUAAGCUAGUGCGGUUCCUCAUGAAACUUGCGAAUGAGACGGUACAAAUAGAGCUUAAGAAUGGCACGGUUAUCCAGGGCACCAUUGCCGGCGUCGACAUCGCGAUGAACACGCACCUGAAAGCGGUGAAGCUCACGGCGCGUGGAAAGAACCCCGUGAGCAUGGACCAUUUGAGCGUUCGUGGCAACAAUAUCCGGUAUUACAUCCUGCCGGACAGCCUGAACCUGGACACGCUGCUGGUCGACAUCGACAAGCCCAAGCAGCGGCCCACGAAAGUCCGGACAGCCGUCGGGAGAGGCCGCGGUCGUGGCCGUGGCCGUGGCCGCGGGCGCGCUCGGUAAAGCGUUUAUCUCGGAGCAAUGGAGUAAAUGCUUAUGCCCCCAGCAACUUCGCAUGGGCAGCUGGUGGAGCUGGGGGUCCAGCAGCAAAGACGGGUUGUGAAGCGGGUAGGGUAUGUGUCUGCAAGGCUUUUCGCAGCGGCAACAGAUUCAGAGGCGCUCGCCCACAGUUGGCUGUUACCUGCUGGACGCGAUACAACUGCACGCAAGGCAGGGUUCUGCAGACGGGAAGCGUUGCCCUGUUUGUGACUGUUGGACUAAGGGCAUGCGCGAUUCUUGCUAGCAGUGCUGGGUAGUUACCCGUGGGCAUGCGUGGGCAUCAGCAUGUCUGGGUUGUCGCGCAUGUGCACGCCUGGAAGAGUCGAAGCAUGAAACGACCUCGCGUGUCUAUGGACAGGUGUUUGGUGAUGCGCGUGGGAUGAGUACAUGGUGGGGGUGCUGCUGCUGCUCGGGUGUUGUAACGUGUACCUGCUUAGCCGCGCAUUGUAGUUUAGGCGGUCCUUGAGUUCUUAUUAUUGGCAGUCCAGAAAUGUUAACGCAGUCACGGACUCCAUAAGACCGCUACCGCAACCCUGGUGGCGGCGGCGUCCGGCUCUAAAAGUGGCGGCGGCGCCCGGCCCUAAAAGUGGCGGCGGCGCCCGGCCCUAAAAGUGGCGGCGGCG